AUGGCCACAUCCAAUUCUUCAGCCUCUCUGUCCACGCUCUUCUUCAAUGGCUCUAGAGACAGCGUGCUGAGUACUGACAGUACUGUCCAGUUCCUUGUUCUAGGACUUGUAGGUAUCACUGGCUUGCUGGGGAAUUUGGCUGUACUGUGGGUACUAGGUAACUGUGGUUAGAACGUGCCCGGUUCUAAAGCCUUUGUCUUCAGCCUGGCUCUGGCAGACUUGGGGCUGGCCCUCACUCUCCCUUUCAGAGCAACAGAGUCAGCAACGCAUUUCCACUGGCCUUUCGGAAGUGCCCUCUGCAAGAUAGUUCUGAAGAUCACUGUCCUGAGUGUCUACGCUAGAACGUUCCUAAUCACAACACUGAGUACCGCACAAUACCGGGUGGUGGCCAGGGCUAUGGGACCAGGUAGUCGCCUCUCAGUCUUUUGGGCCGGUGAGGUCACCCUGGCAGUGUGGGUGGCAGCUGCCCUAGUGACUGUGCCCACAGCAAUCUUUGGGGCUGAGGUUGAGUAGCGCGGCGUGCGCCUCCGCCUCCUGUGUUUCCCCAGCAGAUUCUGGCUAGGGGCUUACCAGCUGAGGGUAGUUCUGGCCUUCAUCGUGCCCUUGGGUAUCAUUACCACCAGCAGCCUGCUGCUGUUGGCCUUUCUACAACAGGCAAGGAUGAGGCUAUGACAGCAGCAGGACAGCCGAGUGGUAGGUUGCUCUGUCUAUAUCUUGGUGGCUUCCUUCACCCUCUGCGGGUUUCCCAACCAUGUAGUCACUCUCUGGGUUCUGGUAAGGUUUGACUUGGUGCCCUAGGACAGUACUUUCUACACCAUCCAUAUUUACAUCUUCCCGGUCACCACCUGCUUGACACAUGUGAUCCAUGGUCUCCUCUGACCAGAGCCCCAGCAGGUUCUUGCCAGCUCCUUCAGAGGUCUCUGGUCAAGAUUGUGGCCCCAGAGCAAGGCAUGCAUGGAACAAAUGGCCCUCGAGGAGGUAGGUGGGAGAUAGGUAGCCAGCACCCAGGAGAGUGGCUCUUCUCUGACACACUCAAACACAACGGAACACCUGUGUGAAGGAUGCAAGCUGAACACUCUUCUGAGACCUAUCAGGGGCAGAGCCCAGACUCUAGGGAGAAGCUGCUCUCUCCAGGCUGCAGUGUCCCCAGGAAAAGUCUGA